AAUACCUGCGAACACUGGGCAGCUCCACCUACACCUUACACUGGCCCCACAGACCCAAUACACCCGGCAGCAGCAGUGGACCUCUCACCCAUCACCACAGCAGAGCUCAACGCAGCACUUAAAGAGCUGGCGCACAACAAAGCAGCAGGCCCCGACAGCAUUCCUGCUGAAGCAUGGCAGUGGUUAGACGACCAUAACCAAGAGGCUCUCUUGCGGGUCCUCAACCAAGCCCUGCUCACAGCCACCAUCCCGGAUGACUGGCACCAUGCUAUUGUAGUCGAAAUCUACAAAGGCAAAGGUCCCCUCACAGACCCUGCCAGCUACCGCCCCAUCUCACUUUUGAACACAUCCUACAAACUUUUCGCCAAGAUCAUUCACACCAGACUCCAAGCAGCCCUGGACGACAGACUCAGGGAAACCCAAUACGGGUUUAGGGCGACGCGCUCAACAUCCCAGCCUAUUCACAUCGUCCGCCGUCUCAUUGAACGUGCGGAGGCCACAGGACAAACACUUUACACCAUCUUUCUCGACUGGGAGAAAGCAUUCGACAAGAUACACCCGGACGCCCUCCACACAGCGUUGUCACGCUACGGCGUCCCACCACAUCUCACAGCCCUCAUCAACAACAUCUACACCUCACCACAAUUCACAGUGGCGGCGGCUGGGAAGCAAAGCACCAGGGAGGAAGCCAGCGCGGGCAUUCGUCAAGGAUGCCCGCUCUCACCAUACCUGUUUCUCAUAGUUCACGGUAUGGUUAUGCACGAUGUGGACCGGGAACUUACAGCUCACGGCGGGUCUCUUCCUUGGCUGUACAGCCAAAACCAGCCCUUCUACGACCUCGCUUAUGCGGACGACACAGCACUCAUCGCAAGCACAGCUCACAGAGCAGAACAGCUGCUCCACAUCCUGCAGCGGAUUGCGGCUCACAGCAACCUCCACCUGAACCUCAAGAAGUGCGUGUUACUACGCUCCCCCACUUCACAGAACACAGUCCACUUUCACAACGGCGCCCCCCUCACUAUUGAGCAGCACGCCAAUACCUUGGCGUCACAAUUAGCAGCGACGGGUCUUCUCACAAAGACGUUCUCACACGUGGACGGGCGCCUCGUGCAUGUGGAUUUCGGCCAUGCUGUUAGCAGAGAGCCGCUGGAUUCGGUGCAGGGCGGCCGGCCGGCAACCACCAUCCAGUGCGAGGAGCUAAAUGAGGCAGACAUCGAGGCGCAACUCCGUGAGCAGCUGCAACAGAUGAGGGAGCAGAAUGCCACCGUUGAGAUGGAGAAGGCUGAAGUCGAGGCGCGUGUGCUGCUGUUGGAGGAGCAGGUGAGGAAGCUGUCUUCUCUGCUGUCGGACACGGCGCGUCAGCUAAAAGAGGCCAAAGACUUGCCCAAGGAGGCGGAGCCAAAGUACAAGCUGGACGCCGGCCCACCUGGAACGCUCACCGAUGAGGUCAUCUGCCUUCAGGCGCCACAGCUGGUGCCGCGGCUGUGGCAAGCUGCCCGCCAGAACCACCAGGAUGAGGAUGCUGCAAUCGAGCUCGACGCCGCGCCAUCGGGAACGGUGGCGGCUGAGCCUGCCCAGGCUUGGGCGGCUUGGGCAACAGCUUUCUAA